GUAAGGAGCUCUGGGCCCGGCGCGUGGUCUGCGCGCGCCCGGCCGCGCGUGCGGCUGCGGGAAGGUUGCGUGUGCGCGCGGGGCGGGAGCUUCGGCCAUCCGACCGCGUCGGAGCACGGUACGCGCCGCGCGGGAGAGGUAAGGAAGAUUUGAGUUUGCAGUCUUCAACUGGGAACAGCUUUGUGUUUUAGCUUUCCCCAGGCGGCUUAGACAGAGUAGUGCACGGCAAAUCUUUUAAUUAAAGCAUGGAAUACGGAAAACAAAAAACUUCAGCUAGUGCUUUAGUCUCAUCUGAAAUGCUACAGGUUCAAUGGUUCCAAGAAGUUAAAACCCACUCAGAGCAGCUCUGGUCAAGAGGGCUGCGGCAGACUCCCCAGGAUAGGAAGGGCAGUGGCCAAGAACGUGAGGCAUGCAUCUUAUAAGUAGUAUAUGGCAGAGUUUUAAGCAAGUCUGAGAGUCUAUUUUUCAGUAGAAAUUUCAAGCACUAUUUUUGACUACUACUUGCUACUGAAUGUUCAGUUGAUGAAAUUGAAGGUCUUUCACUCAGAAGAAAUAAAUCAAAAAGAACCCGAGGCUCGCGUGCUCCUGAGUUGCUGUGAAUGGCCCCGGCACUCCUGACCACCCUUCCGGGUAGGAUGUCACUGAGAUCCCUGAAGUGGAGCCUCCUGCUGCUGUCGGUCCUGAGCUUCCUGGUGAUGUGGUACCUCAGUCUUCCCCACUACAAUGUGGUAGAACGCGUGAACUUGAUGUACUUCUAUGAGUAUGAGCCCAUUUACAGACAAGACUUCCGCUUCACACUUCGAGAGCAUUCGAACUGCUCUCAUCAAAACCCAUUUCUGGUCAUCCUGGUGACCUCACACCCCUCCGAUGUGAAAGCCAGACAGGCCAUUAGAGUUACUUGGGGUGAAAAGAAGUCUUGGUGGGGAUAUGAGGUUCUUACAUUUUUCUUAUUAGGCCAACAGGCUGAAAGGGAAGACAAAGUGUUAGCAUUAUCCUUAGAGGAUGAACACCUCCUUUAUGGCGACAUAAUACGACAAGAUUUUUUAGACACGUACAAUAACCUGACCUUGAAAACAAUUAUGGCAUUUAGGUGGGUAACUGAGUUUUGCCCCAACGCCAGGUACAUCAUGAAGACAGACACUGAUGUUUUCAUCAAUACUGGCAAUUUAGUGAAGUAUCUUUUAAAUUUAAACCACUCAGAGAAGUUUUUCACAGGUUAUCCUCUAAUUGAUAAUUAUUCUUAUAGAGGAUUUUACCAAAAAACCCAUAUUUCAUACCAGGAGUAUCCCUUCAAGGUGUUUCCUCCCUACUGCAGUGGGUUGGGUUAUAUAAUGUCCAGAGAUUUGGUGCCAAGAAUCUAUGAAAUGAUGAGUCACGUAAAACCCAUCAAGUUUGAAGAUGUUUAUGUUGGGAUCUGUUUGAAUUUAUUAAAAGUGGACAUUCAUAUUCCGGAAGACACCAACCUUUUCUUUUUAUAUAGGAUCCAUUUGGAUGUCUGUCAACUCAGACGCGUGAUUGCAGCCCAUGGCUUUUCUUCCAAGGAAAUUAUCACAUUUUGGCAGGUUAUGCUAAGGAACACCACAUGCCAUUAUUAAUUUGACAUUCUACCCAAAGCCUAGAGAAGGGAGGGAUACUUUGUGGAAAACGUUAAAGUUAGACUAUGAAAUCUCCAAUGGAAAACUCAUGGGAAGGUCACUGUGUGGCUUACACGGAACUGAAACUCAUGAAGAGGCUAUAGGCUGGAGACUGGAGGGUUGUACUUGACCUGUGGUUUAUUGUGACAACAAUCAAGUCAGGCCUUUUAAAGAUGAUAUUCAGAGGAAUUAAACAUCUUAUAAAGGAAUGGGAGGUUUUUGUUAUUAAUAAAACUCAUAGGACCAAACAAUUUGAACGUGUCAUUCUGUAGAUUAAAACUUCUUAAAUGGGUUUCAUUGAAUUAUAAACUCGUUUGUCCAUAACAACAAAGCAGUGUGGAGUAUUAUUCAUUGAACAAUCUAGUCAGUUCAGGGUUUUGUGUAUAUCUUACAUGGAUUACAGUUUUUUUAAAUAUACAGUUCUGUGUAAAACAACUGAAGUUAUACUGAACAAAAUUUCAUCUCUUUUUGGUCAUUCGGAAGGUACUUCAGGAUGUUGCAGUAUUUCAGUUAUCAAUUAUUAUUUAAUAUUACUUAAAGUUUUGCACUUUUAUGGGUGUUUGAAUGUUAUGGUUGUUUCAGUAUUGUAUAAACAGAAUAGUGAAAAAUCAUUCUUUAUAUUUAAACUUCUUUUCCAGUUCACUGAUGAGUUUAUUAUGAAUAGCUCCAUUAAUGUGUAGAUAUUGGUCAUUAUUGCAUAUCAGUAAUCUCUUGAACUUUGAUAAAUAUUUCGUCGUGGUAAUAUAGAGAAGAAUUAAAGCAAGAAGAUCUGAAUUAUUGUCUUGUUUUUAAAAAUAUAAUCCCUGGUGUUUUUAGAUGUCACUUCAUCUGUCUCAUUGUUCCACCUGGAAAUUAGGAGUAAUGUAGAAUGCCAGGCAGCAUGUUUCCUUUUGGAAAGGACUCUGAAGCCAAAAAGAAAAGAGAGAACGUGAUGGCCAGAAUAUUAUGAAAGGAGUGUCAUAUUUCAGUGCUUGAGCUGGAAAGAGAAGACUAAAGAUUCAAGUUGCAUUGUUAACUGCUCCGUGUUUUUUUCUCAUUAACAAUCAGUUUGAGAAUAAAAAGGAAAAAAAAAAAACACUGCUGCUAUUGUUAUUAGUUUCACAUCAAGAGGAAAGCCCUAUUAUGUGGUCUAAAAUCAAGUCUGAUUUCCAUGUCAUGGAGAAGCACGUUUUUUCAUAGGAGUGGUGAUGUAGGUCAGCUUUGACCUGCUAGUUGGUCCAAGAGGAGCACUCCUUGCCCCCCCCCCAUAUUCUUGGGAUUGUGCAAUUUCCCAUUAUGCCUGAUAUGGGACAAGUGAUUCCUUUUUUCUGGAUUACAUGAUGGCGAAAGAUCAAAUCUGUUGGCAGAAAAUAUGAACUUGAAAAUAUAUAGUCAGCUCUUGUAAUACUCAUAUAUUUAUAAUUCUCCUAUAAGAAAAGCUUAAUUUCAAUUGGAACCAUUAUAAUGUUUGAUUCUUUAUAACAAGGCUAUUUCCAUUUCCCUCCUCUCAGACCUGAUCCAGUUACAAUAAAAUCAAUUAAAUGAAA